AACAAAACUGACCAAUGGCCAUGCGGAUUUUCAUCCUAAAGGUUAAUUACAUCCGAGAUACGCUCCUUAAGGACUAUGAUUCGAAUAGUUGGUGCAAAGUCCUGCGGACUGGUGGUUGAAAAUGAAGACGUGCGAACUCAGUUUGAUCAAGUAUCUCUUGUUUCUUUUUAAUUUGGUUUUUGCCAUAUCAGGAGUUGGAUUGAUAGUAGCAGGAUCCCUGGUCCUCGCAGAUGUCGGGGAAUACAGUCACUUCAUGGAGGGCAAGGUCCUUGCGCCUCCUGUCGUCCUGAUUGUGGCAGGAUGCAUCGUGUUCCUGGUCGCGUCCCUCGGUUGCUACGGAGCGAUCAGGGAGUCUUAUUACAUGUUGAUGGCGUUUGCAUUGUGCCUGUUGAUAAUUUUCGUAAUAGAAUUGGCAGUGGGAAUAGCUGCAGCUGUUUAUAAGAGCCAGUUCCACACUGGAAUUAAGGACUUGAUGAGCAAAUCCAUGGACAAUUACGAAGUCAGCAAAUCUGACAGGAUAGCUUGGGAUAAUUUACAAUCAAAGCUGGAAUGUUGCGGCGUAGACGGACCAAACGACUGGCCGAAGGACAAACGUCCACUGUCCUGCUGCCACGCGCCCAGAGAAGGGGCGGAACCACCGACUGCGGUCCACUGCAGGAAUGCGCUAGCAGGAGACGACUUCCUCUACUCGUACGGCUGCUUCGACGAGCUGCAGAUGAAGGCGGACAAGGCUUCCAAAGUUCUCAUCGGCGUAGGAAUCGGAAUCGCUUUCAUCGAGAUAAUCGGCAUAAUUUUGGCUUGUUGGUUGGCUUCGGCAGUCAAAAAUAAGGAAUGAGAAUACGCCUAAUUUAUUUUCUUUUUUUUAAUUUAACAUCAGUACAAAAAAUACAAAUAUUUAUUUAUUGCAAUAAUUCUCUUUAGUUAUUAGUUUUUUAAUUGUUACCAAAUUUUAUAUUGUACAUAUUUUACUAUUUUAUAGAAAGUAAUAAUUUAUUUAUUAAAUGUUAGUAAUAAUUAAAUACUUUAAUAUACAUGUUAGCUUAUAUAAAUUUAAAUAAAAGUUAUAUCUAAAUAUGA